AUGACUGAGCGUCGCUGGGCCUCUGACGCUACCGGAAGUUGUGUCUGUAAACACAGCCUGGCGAAUUCUGUUGUUUUCUGCCCUUACAGCGGCGCAAUCCCCUCUCUAGUUAUCGAUAUUAGGCGGUCAUGGAAGAUAGCAGCGGGUUCCGGCCCUCGGGGGGCAACUUGGAAGAUCCCCCGAACAGCAGGGUAUUCUUGGUGGUCAGCAAAUAUGUGACGGAGGAUUUAAUCAGGGAAAGGUUCUCUGAUUUCGGCGAUAUCCAAGAUAUCUGGGUGGUAAAAGACAAGCAGACAAAGGAGUCUAAAGGGAUCGCGUUUGUCAAAUAUGCCAAGUCCUCUCAGGCGUGUAAGGCAAUGGAAGAGAUGCACGGCCGGUGCCUUAGUGAGAGCACCAAGCCCAUCAAGGUCUUUAUUGCACAGUCAAGAGGUUCUACAAGUCACCGAGAUGUUGAAGACGAAGAGCUAACAAGAAUUUUCGUAAUGAUUCCAAAGUCUUACACAGAAGAAGAUGUAAAGCAAAAAUUUAAGGAGUAUGGACAAAUCGAGUAUUGCUCAAUUAUUAAAAAUAAGAAUACCGGUGAAAGUAAGGGUUUGGCAUAUGUGAGAUUCCUCAAGCCUUCUCAGGCUGCCUUGGCUAUAGAAAACUGUGACAGAAGUUUUAAGGCAAUCUUGGCUGAGCCUAAGAACAAAGGUGGAAGUGGUGGAGGCGCAGCAGAGAAUGACUACCACAACAGUGCAAGGCAAGAAGCAAUGAUGCAGCAUGACCACGCUGCUGCUGCUGCCACUGUCUUUCCUUACGAAUAUGAUUAUGCAUCUUAUGACAAAAGUGCAGAUGCCAGAACGCAGGAGACCAUAUCCAAGAGACUCAUAGUUGUUUCAAGACUUCCACUGAUUCAGGAGCAAGCACACAAUUUAUUUGAUCUGGUUCCUGGUCUGGAAUAUUGUGAGGUCCAGCGAGAUCCAUAUAACAGUUUUGGCCAUGCUAUUGUACAAUACCAGAACAUAUCAUCCGCUAUAUAUGCCAAGUUUAAGCUGCAUGGAUUUGAGUAUCCUCCUGGAAAUCGUCUUGGGGUCUCUUACUUAAAUGAUGGUGGCGAUGGCUCUGAACUUCUUCGAAAAAUGGCUUCACAGAUGGUGGCUGCUCAGGUCAGUUCAAUGGUAUGGGGCUCUUCACAGCAUUAUCCUACAGCACCGCCUUAUGAGCGACCAUAUGCCUCCCCAGUUACGUCUCAGCUCCAGACAGACGCUGCUAUUCCAUCAGUAAAAAAGAAGGCUCCAAGCGAUGCACAGUCGAAGGAAAGGCUAUUCAUUGUGUUUAACCCCCACCCAUUACCCUUGGAUGUAAUGGAAGAUGUUUUCUGUCGUUUUGGGAAUCUUAUUGAAGUGUAUAUUGUACCGGGGAAAAACGUUGGCUACGCCAGAUAUGCGGAUCUCUCCAGUGCCAAUGACGCCAUUGCAGUUUUACAUGGGAAGAUGGUAAAUGGUGUAAAGCUGAAAGUGAUGCAGGCAGAUUCUCCCAGAGAUGAGUCCAACAAGAGACAGAGAACCUAUUAAACAUGUUUAGAUCAGUGUAGGCGUGCAGGUAGAAAAAAAUGGAUUUUGACAUUCAACAAAAACAGACUGAGAAAAAUGAUGGUUUAAACAAAUGAGACAGCUUAUAAUUGUCACCUAUUGGAUAACAGGUAGCAUUGGAAUAUCCUAACUGGAAGCUGGGUAAAUCUUCUGGUUCUGUUUUUAAAUUGAACAACAUUAUUUAUUGGCAUGUAAGGGAUCCUCAUUAUAAUAUAAUCUGACCCUUGAACAUGCAUGACAGGCUGACUGCCCAAUAUAACUAUUUGCCCAGUACUGCAGAAUUUUUAGGAUGGCCAUACAGGGGCCAAAAAAAUCCCCUGGUUUCAGGAGCUUAAUGGUCCACGUAUGAGGCCAUCUGACAGGCCUGGCUGAAAAUUGACCAGGUUUAAAAAUCCCAUCGGGGCAAGGACCUUAUUGACUCAUUAAUGUGGUCCUUGUUUAAACAGCCUGCAUUUACCAACACUGUGAUCUGAUCGUUUGGCUCAAGGGCCACGACAUUGCUCACCUCAAGCCAAACGAGCAGAUGUUUAAAUGUAUGGCCAGCAUUAGAAGCUACUUGCCCCCUGCACCUUCAAUCUCUCUUUUGCUGCCUGGUAAACACAAAGAAGACAUGACAAUGAAGCUUUUAUGACAUAUGAAGACAAUAAACCUUUAAGACCAACACCACUUAAGACGUGACCUAUUGAUUUUAUAUUAGUUUUGUUCUUAUUGAUUGUGGAAGCACAGAUUUAUCAGAUCUGCUAAUUUAUUAUACCCAGCAGCUGAACCAGGGAUCUUAACAAGCACAAAUGUGUUUUACAAGGCAAAUGAUCAGUCUGACAAACUUUUUACAUUGUCUCCCUUUA